CGAAAAGACGCUUCUCAACUUUUACCAACUUCGCACCCUGGAGCCUUCCGAAUACUCAACGGCAUCGAUUGCCUCAAAUCCGAUUGUGCUGGACGAAAAUGACAAUUUGGACCAGAUCACUAAAAGAAUCCCCAAGGAACAGCUCAACAAGUUGCUUACAGAUCAGCCUGACGAGCCGGCAGCAGAGAAACGGCGCUCAGCCUUUAAUCUGACGGACCCAUUGGGAUUCCACGAAUCGAUCCUGGAUGAACUUAUUGACAAAGAUGUGAUUGAUGAUACAAGGGACCCUAAAAAGCUCAAGUUUCUGGUGGACUCAAAAUCGUUCAAUGCGCGCUUGUUUUUGACUACUAUACACAGAGAAAAAACCUACAGAGAGCUACAGAAAAGUGUUGAAUAUUUAGAGAGAAGUAUCGAAGCUGAAAAACCCAGGUUGCAGCGACUCAUCGGAGAGAAUUUCCAAAAAGCUAUUGAUAAUAAAAAGCUGCUCGAUGAGGUUUAUAGCGAAUACUCCAUGAGUAAUCUUUCCGCAAACUUGACUGCUCUGAGUGAGUCCAUAGCGAAAGCUAACACUUCAUCAACAAUGAUGUUGAACCCCGUGUUUGAUGGUAUGGAGAGAGCGACAGAGAUCGAAAGCUUUUUGUCGAUGAUCUCCAGUAACAGCUUGCUUUUGGACCUUCCCAAAAAGCUAACAAAACUAGUGGCGAAAGGGGAUUUUGAUUCCAUUCUUAAUGAGUACAUGGCAGGAAAAAGAGUAUAUCUCAGCUCAACCAAGAACGAUGAGAAAAAUAAACCUGUCUUAGACAGAAUAUGGGCUGAGGUGGAGGACACCAUUUCAGAGUACAAGAAACAACUAUGGGAAAAACUGGGGAACGUACACAUUGAGAAUGUUAGCUCGUUAAGUGCACAAUCUGAGUCUUCCUUCCUUUCAAUCAUCAAGAAAUUGUUAGAACUGGGAGUCAGUGAAAACCCAAUUCCAUACUUUCUGAACCUUGAAUACAAUUAUAUCCAAGAGAGCAUUGAUGGAGAUCUCACCAAGGUUCAGCUUUCGCGUUUCCUUAAGGCUCGUGAAAACCUCACUCGGGCCUACAAUAGUGAAAAUAGCUACGAGAUCUCCAUUGCUGCAUUGAAACACGCGCAUUACCUGAUUGCAGAGCACGGAUCUGACGUUGAAAUUGUGGACCCCCCUUUAGUUGCAAAUUUGUGGGGCUUCUUAGGAGCCUAUGUCAGUGAGCUGACUGAGGAGAUCAUUACCAAUCGAUUCUAUAAGUUUGCCACCAUGAUUGAUUUUUUCACUUCUGAUGAUCUUGAACGCGACUUAAAUAUCAAAAACCCUCAUUCUCGCCAGCAUUUAAAGUUCGAAGAUUAUCAGAUAAAGAAAUUCGAGGAGUAUCUACAAGUGCUCACAGAAAAGCUGUGUAGACAGCUCAGAUUUAUCUUUGAUGCCACCAGCGCAGAACUAAGCACCAAAACAGCUCCUUCCGCAACAAAUCAGCAUCCUCCCAAAGAUCCCACAUCCUUGGAUUCGUACGGAUUUAUCCCGCCUCACUCAUAUGUUCUGACAACCCUCAAUAACUGCAUUGUUCUCCAACAAGAACUCGAAAAGACCAUCGAUAAGUUGAAAAAUAAGACUUCUCUCGAAUAUAGCAGGUUUGUGUCGACAUUGAGAACAAUCAACUCCAAUCUCGUCAACGGUGUCUUGUGUGUUUUGAUUAAAGAUACCAAGCGGCUGAAACAUACCGAAGAUUGGACGAUUAGUAAAACAUUUGAAGGUUGCACGAAAACCGCAGACUACGUUAUCAACUUCUAUCAGAUGUUCAUCCCGAAGCUGCGCAGCUUGAUCUACGAAAGGGAGUCAGAACUGUUGGCCAAUGUCGAAAAGCAAUUUAUCGCAUCUCUUGAUAUUAUUGCUGAUAACCAGUUGGAAUGUAUAAUCGUCAAUGCGGAUGGCACGAAAGACAAAGACUUUUACUACCCUGCCAUUCUCAGCAACUUGUCGCUGCUGAAAUUGCGUCUUCUGCCUAGAAUCUUGAAAAUUUUCGAUACUAAUUUUGGCACCAAGUACUGCACAUCCAGUGUUGACGUCUACGGCAAGAUCGAGAAAUAUGAGAAAAGAGUUUAUGAGGACUACAUGAACGGUUACAAAAAAGAGUUAGAGGAAACCAUUUUUAGCGGAGUGAAGAGCGUUGAUUGGUUCCAAUUCUCGGCCAGGCAAAUUCUUGUUUCAAAAUUCAUUUUGCAACCAAUUAACCUGAUAAUUCUGGUGAAGUCAAAACUGCUAGGCCACAAGGCGAACAAAAAUUACAUCCUGAGAAUUGAGCUUGAUCUGAUUAACUACUUCAUUUUCAAAUUGAUUGAAAGUCUCAAAAGUAUACAGCAAUUUAACUCGAGCGGUCUACUUCAGAUCAGUGUUGACCUGCGCUUUCUCGUGGAACUAUUUCAGCAUCUUAACCAAUCUGGGAUUAAGGAACAAAUUAAUCUAGACAAGUUGAUCAGUGUUUCCGAUAGAUUCUCCAGCAAGAACACAAAGUAUGCGAACGAAAUCAACGAUAUUGUCAUCUCUAACCUGCAAGCCAAUCGCGCCCAGAUAGACUGUUUCUAUAGAUUAUAACAAUGCUAUUAAUAUACAAUAUAAU